UCACAGGAGUGUUUGGGGACAAGCUCCAGUGUGCUCGACCCAGAGCCACUUGGGGCCAGUGUGCAGCCCAAGCACGAUGCUCGGAGCAGUCACUAAAAUCAGACCACGGCGUCAGUCUUCACGGGCAUUUCCUCCUGCCGCUUUAAGGAAAGGAAAGGUUUGUGUGAGAGAAAGAAGGUAGUCGGACUCAGCUGGCAGGAGGCCCUAGUUUCCACCUCAGCAGUGCUAUGUACGUAUUUACAUGUGUGUUUCUAUUCCCCCUAACAUGAAAACCCCCUUCUGGAAAUGCUCACCCGCUCUAAUUAACCUUUCUAAUGAAACUGAUCUGUGUCAUUUGAACUUCAUACAAAUUCUUGAUAUUAAUUCAAAAAGCCAUCCACAGGUGUCAGCUUUCACACUCUUUAUUUUUUUUUUUUUGAGCCCCACCUGGUAGUGCUCAGGGCUGACUCCUGGCAGGGCUUAUGGGACCAUUUGGGGUCCCAUGAAUCAAACCCAGGCCAGCUGCAUGCAAGGCAAGGUAAACACCCUACCUGCUAUACUAUCACUCCGGCCCCUUGCAUCUUACCAUUUAACAUGGCAGCUGUCUGCAAGUGGCUUUGCCCUAGAACCCUGGCAUGCUUGUGUCUGUCAUUUGCUUUCCUGCCUGAGUAGGUGUAUUCAUCGGCAUACCUUGUGCUUAUUGCUAAGUCCAUGUUGUCAGAGGCUGCUUUGGGAACACAAACAGACUGUGGCCAGCUGCCUCCAGUUUGGUCCUACGUGGCUACAGAAAUCGGCCGAACUCUCAGCGCUUCACAGUCCACAGUUAGCAUUGCCCGAGGCUCUGAGUAUCACUCCAGUGUCUUGCAGGCAGCCCUGAGACGUUCUCAGUUAUAUUUAUGCUGUGCAGGAAAAUAUAGCCAAGGUUUGAUUCUGGUUGGUGGCUCUAAUACCAGAUCACCUUGCUCACGAACUGGUGAGUUUCCUCAAAGCCAACAAGUCACACCUGUGUCCUGUGCGCGGGUGCUGCAGGCUUAGGUGGAGAAAAGCAGGGCUAGAAUUGGAACCCACAGCCCAGGAUGGCAGGAGAGGAUGUGGGGGCUCCACCCGAUCGCCUCUGGGUUCACCAAGAGGGUAUCUACCGAGACGAAUACCAGCGCACUUGGGUGGCCGUCGUGGAAGAGGAGACGGAUGCCCUAAGGGCACGAGUCCAGCAAGUUCAGGUGCCCUUAGGUGACGCAGCUAGGCCAAGUCACCUCCUCACUUCCCAGCUACCUCUCAUGUGGCAACUCUACCCCCACGAGCGCUACAUGGAUAACAACUCUCGCUUGUGGCAGAUCCAGCAUCACUUAAUGGUCAGGGGCGUACAGGAGCUGUUGCUUAAGCUUUUGCCUGAUGAUUAACCUGGGGCUGGGAUUCUCAGAAGAUAUGCUCCUCUGUUCUGUUCAGUAUAUGGCAAAUACUUCGUCCACCACUGCAGUUCACCCACCCGUGGGCCUUUGGGAGGGAGUAGGUUGAAAAACUGUGCAAGGACACAGAAGUUUAGGAAGGGUCAUGAAGAAUACCACCAGUGGAACUGCAGAGAGAGGGUCACACAGGUAGAAAGUGAGUCACAGAAGCACUUAGGCAGGAGCCCUAACUUGAAAUUGACUCCUUCGGAGAUUGCCAUAGAAUCUUUAAUGGACAUCAUCAGCUGGAACUGGGGUCUGAUGAAGCGCAUAGAAGUCAGCACCUGCUACAGAAUCGUUGCCCCAUCACCAAGGACCUGGUACUGAUUUCGAGAGAAGAGAGCAGCUCCUAGCAGCAUCAACAUCUGUGUGUCGCUUAUUUGCCCUGCCACAAUUCACCUGCCUUUCCUUCUCCCA